UGACGUCGCGAGCCGCUCUCCCCCCGCCCUCGGGUGGGCGUGGCCGCCGGCGGAGUCGGCCCGCGGAGGCGGAAGAGCUUCGGCGGCUGAUGGCGGCUGGGGAUUGGGAUCUUCUCUAACGCUCCCUCUCUGUCCGGGAAGCCCUCGCUGGGAUCACAAUGACAUCCUUUCAAGAAGUCCCAUUACAGACCUCCAACUUUGCCCAUGUCAUCUUUCAAAAUGUGGCCAAGAGUUAUCUUCCUAAUGCACACCUGGAAUGUCAUUACACCUUAACUCCAUAUAUUCAUCCAAAUCCAAAAGAUUGGGUUGGUAUAUUUAAGGUUGGAUGGAGCACUGCUCGUGACUAUUACACAUUUUUAUGGUCCCCUAUGCCUGAAAAUUAUGUAGAAGGAUCAACAGUCAAUUGUGUAUUAGCAUUUCAAGGAUAUUACCUUCCAAAUGAUGAUGGAGAAUUUUAUCAGUUCUGUUAUGUUACCCAUAAGGGUGAAAUUCGUGGCGCAAGUACACCAUUCCAGUUUCGAGCAUCUUCGCCAGUUGAGGAGUUGCUUACUAUGGAAGAUGAAGGAAAUUCUGACAUGUUGGUUGUGACCACAAAAGCUGGCCUUCUUGAGUUAAAAAUUGAGAAAACUAUGAAAGAAAAAGAAGAAUUGUUAAAGUUAAUUGCUGUUCUGGAAAAAGAAACAACACAACUUCGAGAACAAGUUGAAAGAAUGGAGAAAGAGCUGAAGCAGGAGAAGGAGCAAUGUGAGCAGCUGCAAACAGAGAAUAAGGGGCUUAUUGAAGCAUCACAAACUUUAAAAGUGGAAAAUGAAGACUUAAAGAAGAGGUACAAUGAUGCUAUGUCUAAAUCUCUUCAGCUUGAGGAAGAUAUUUUGUCAGUAACACAGAGAGCAAUUGCCAAAGAAACUGAAUUAGACAGUUUAAAGGACAAACUCAGGAAGACACAGUAUGAAAGAGAGCAAUUUGAAUGUCAGUUGAAGAUGGAAAAGGAUGAAAAGGAACUUUAUAAGGUACAUUUGAAAAAUACAGAAAUAGAAAAUACCAAGCUUGUGUCAGAGGUCCAGACUCUAAAAAAUUUAGAUGGGAAUAAAGAAAGUAUGAUUACUCAUUUCAAAGAGGAGAUUGGCAGAUUGCAGUUAUGUUUGGCUGAAAAGGAAAAUCUGCAGAGGACUUUCUUACUCACAAAUUCAAAUAAGGAGGAUACCUUAUUUUUAAAGGAGCAGCUUCGUAAAGCAGAGGAGCAGGUUCAGGCUACUCGGCAGGAAGUGGUUUUUCUGGCUAAAGAACUUAGUGAUGCUGUCAAUGUGCGAGAUAAAACAAUGGCCGAUCUACACACUGCUCGCUUGGAAAAUGAGAAAGUGAAAAAACAAUUAGCUGAUGUGGUAGCAGAACUGAAACUGAGUGCUGUGAAAAAGGACCAGGAAAAGAAUGAUACACUAGAACAUGAGCUGAGAAGAGAGGUUGAAGACCUGAAACUUCGUCUUCAGAUGGCCGCAGAUCAUUAUAAAGAAAAAUUCAAGGAAUGUCAGAGGCUUCAGAAACAAAUAAAUAAACUUUCAGACCAAUCAGCCAAUAACAAUAAUGCCUUCACAAAGAAAACUGGGAACCAACAGAGAGUGCAUGAUGCCUCAAUAAACACAGACCCAGCUACUGCUCCCUCCACUGUAGAUGUAAAGUCACCACCUUCUGCAGCUGAGACAGAUUUUGACAUGGCAGCAAAGGGGCAAGUCUGUGAAAUGACCAAAGAAAUUGCUGAUAAAACAGAAAAGUACAAUAGAUGUAAACAACUGUUGCAGGAUGAGAAAACAAAAUGCAAUAAAUAUGCUGAUGAACUUGCAAAAAUGGAGCUGAAAUGGAAAGAACAAGUGAAAAUUGCUGAAAAUAUAAAGUUGGAACUAGCUGAAGUACAAGAAAAUUACAGAGAACUUAUUAGACAAAGUCUAGAAAAUCGAGCAGAAAGGAAGAUGGAGGGUCAGAAUUCCCAGAGUCCACAGAGGAUCUCACAGUUUCUCAGCGCAUGCUCAGAGCAGAAUGGUCACGUUCCUGCCAUCCCGACUACACAGCCUGUUCUGCAGUAUGGGAAUCCUUACGCAGCAGUGGAAAUAAGAGAUGGAGCAGAUGGGGCUUUCUACCCGGAUGAAAUCCAGAGACCACCUGUGAGAGUCCCCUCCUGGGGCCUGGAAGACAAUGUUGUCUGUAGUCAGCCUGCUCGGAACCUUAGUCGACCCGACGGUUUAGAAGACCCUGAAGAUAGCAAAGAGGAUGAGAAUGUGCCCAUUGCUCCUGACCCUUCAAGUCAGCAUUUUCGUGGUCAUGGAACAGGCUUUUGCUUUGAUUCCAGCUUCGAUGUUCACAAGAAGUGUCCCCUCUGUGAAUUGAUGUUUCCUCCCAACUAUGAUCAGAGCAAGUUCGAAGAACAUGUGGAGAGCCACUGGAAGGUGUGCCCAAUGUGUAGCGAGCAGUUCCCUCCUGACUACGACCAGCAGGGAUUCGAAAGGCACGUGCAGACCCAUUUUGAUCAGAACGUUUUAAAUUUUGACUAGUCUUAUUACUAUGAGCUAAAAGUUUAGCAGUUAAUGAAAACACCUCGAAUAGACUACUAGGGAUGCCAGGGGUGUCGCUUUCCUGUACCCUCUCUCGCACUUUUUCUGACCAAGAGCUUUGAGUUGGGUGUUACUAGGGUCAGGGAAAAUCUUUGGCUUAUUAUUGGCUUAUCAAUAAAUAUAAUUUAACUUCUGUUAGUCUUAACUGCUUUAAAAAAAAGUUCUGUGUGUUUGUAUCUUAAUUUAUUCUCUAGUUUGCAAGAUUAUAUGACUAAAGAAAAUGAAUUAUUUUGAUGUUAUACCAUGCUGAAAAUGCAGUAUGUUAUUAGCAGAAUAACAAGUUUCUGUUGACCUUGUUGAUUGAGCAUGACUACUACAUAUUAUGUAAUAAAAGGAAUUUAUCCUAACAAACUUGCAGAGUCAUUCUUUGAAUACAGAAACUUUCAUAAUUUAGACCAGGCAAUGAUCUUUCAACCUUGGAAAUGGAAUUGCACGGGGAAAGAGAUUUAUAUGCUUGCAGUGUAGCAAGUAUCCUCCCUAGAUGUGAAAUGUUUGUUUUUUGAGUAGAAGGCUUAUUUUAUUUUGCAAAUUUUAUGACUAAAAAUCCAGAAUAAUAUGUAUGAUUGUUUUCAUUUAUUAUCAUGAUUAUUUUUUAAUAUAGAAAUACUGCUAUUUAUUCAGUAUCGAUUAAGCUGAUUGAGCUGGGCAUGAACUCCACAUUACUAUUUAAAAAAUUUUUUUAAUUGGAUAUCCAUGAGAUAGACCAUUACAAAACUGUUCAUAAAUGGGUUUCAGUCAUACAAUGAUGAAUGACUAUUUUUUAAGGCAUCUUGAAGUGGUAUUUGUUAGCUAAAUGAGAAAAUAAAAAAAAAGAUAAGUUAGUACUAUCAUUACACUAAAUGAUCUAAAUGGUUUUUGGCAUAAAAUCACACAAAGACAGUAUUCAUAUUCAUAUCACAUUUUCCUGAUAAGAGUUUGACUAAAACAUUUUUAGUAACAGAUUAAGCGUAUAAAUGUAUAAACCCAAAGUAAUGUGUGUGCCAUGACUCUGCUAUAUUAACAUUAAAGAAAACAUAGUUUUGGAGGUGUAUAUUUUCAUGAUUGUCUGUUUUUCAUUAAGUGUAGCAUUUUGAGUAUCUUCUUUUGGGGGGACCUGGAGCUUUAUCAUGAUUUCUGAAUUGAAUUUCUUUUCCUUUUAAAAUAUAAAUUGUUAAGAAUCGUUAAGUACUGAUUUUUGGGGGGAACUGCCUUUGUAGUCUCUAAAUCUUUAACCUUGUCCUAAGCAAAUCAGCUGUUCUAGAUGUAAACCUAACUAUUCUCUUGGUAGCAUUUAGGGGUGCUAUAUAGGAAUUGCGUGUGUGUGUGUGUGUGUAAAAUCUAAUGUUUCUAGGAACUGAAUUUGUGUGUUGUUAAUCUUUGAAAAAGUUUGAAUCUAAAGUAUUAGGCGGUCUAUCUGAUACCAUAUGUUGGGUAUGCCAGACCUGGAGGCUGUAAACUUUAAGACUCCUUGUAUUAGCGACUGGGGUUCAGGUACUCUUGCUCAUGGCUGACCCUGGUUCAGUCCCUCACACUGCACCACCAGGAGUGAUCCUUGAGUGUGGCCCCAAAACAACAAAAAACAGCAACAACAACAAAAAGAUUCCCAUAUUUUUAGCUUCCAGAUAGAUUAUAUUAUAUACAUUACUAAUUAUGGGCCAUAGUAUGUAAGUAUCCUUUAACUUUGUAGCACUACCUAACCAAUGAAAUGAGAUUGCUUGGGCCACCAGUGUUUCUAAGCGCAAUACUCCUGGCUCUCUGCUUGGGGUCACUUCCAGUUGUCAAGAUGGGGAAGGGUAAGAUGCCUCCAUCAUGCAGAGUAUGUUCUUGGCCUGUUGGGUUAUCUUCUUUCAUUUGUAAGUCGUUUUUAGACCUAUGUUUACAAUUUGUUAUUGACACUUAGUCAUACAAUCUAAGUAAAACAUCGAGGAAUAAAAUUUACAUGCAUUGACUGAAUUCUUGGGUGGGGCAGAACCUAGAGAAUAAAACAGUGAAAUGUGGAGAAAGUCAUUUUUGUGUAUACAUGAUACUGGUCUUCAUAAUGAACGCUGAUAAAAAUAAAGAGCCAAGUUUAUUUUGG